ACCGUCGAGCUUCCACACUGGAACAAAGGACUGCAAUGAACACAGGGCAGGAGGCACAGUUAGAUCACAACUCCGUCUUUUCUGUGCAACAUCAGGCAGGAACAGGCACAGCAGUACAGUGGGAGGCAUUCUUGCAAGCAUAACCGAAGCAGAGAUCAGAGUAGCAAUCCAAGCACAUUUACAAGAGGAGGCAGAGAAGGAGGGAGGGCGAGAAGGAGGGAUGAGAGAGAGCAGAUCUAUGAAAGGAGGAGGAGGGGUGUUGCAUGCUCACACAGUGUGACAGAGAUAGAGCGAUGAACGAGGCUAAGACACACAGAGAGAGAGAGGGAGAGAGGGGAGAGCACAGAGCAGAGAUGGGGACCGAACGCUGAGACAGAGGUAGUUGGAAGGACUCAGAUCUGCAGAACAAACGUGAGGAAAAGGAGGAAGAGAGUGAAGGUGAAGGAGAGCAGGAGGGAGAGAGGCGGGAGGGAGGGGGGUGCAAGAUGAUGGAGCCCAGAAAUAGGUUUCUCAGGACAGCUUUUCAUCCCUGCAAGACAUGACUCUUGGUGUUGGACUGUGCUGAAUUUAGCCAGGGGGACAACACAGGACAACACAGGACAGCAGGUCUGCAGCACAUUGACUGGGUUCAGCCUCACUGGAUGCAGCAAAGCAGCUGAUUUAUUACUGAGGGGCUGGGUGGCAGCGUGUUUGAGCGUGUGUCUUGGAGCGCACGUGUGUGUGCAUGUGUGUGUAUGCAGGUUUUUAUGGGUCCUUGUAGCACUCAGAGCUGUGGGAGCGACCAUUCCUCCAGUCAUGAAAUGACAUUCAGCAGGCAGGAGCUUUGUGUGCUGGCGUGGAUCUGCAGUCCUCAGUAGGAAGUGCGAGAGUGGGGAUUCAAAGCUGUCAUCGAGUGCAAGUGUGCGUGUGUGUUUACAGUGCCGUUUGCUGAGGUGAGCCGAGGAGGAUCAGCUAUAUGUGUUGUGUGUGUGUGUUUAGGUUGGAGUAGCAAGGGUGCAGCAAAGGCAAAGCUUCUACACAAUGCAAGGACGAUUGCAGGGGAGCACCGAUGGCAGUGAGUGCAGCUAAAGUACAAGGAGUGCCCUGGGGGUAAGGUGGAGGACAAAGGCAGGGACAGAAGAAGGAGAGGGGAAGGAGAACAGAGGCAAGUGGAAAACAGAGGGUGAUCAUGGCUGUCAUUCAGUGAGCUAUAGCAUAUGCUGUAGCGCAGAGCGGAGUGGUGCGGCAGGGGGAGGACAAGCAUCACUGCACAGGGGAGGGGGAGAAACUACGGGAGAGAGAAGGUGGGGGGAGUGGUGUGUGUGUGGUGGGGAGGCGAUCAGCUCAGCACCUCUUCAGCACCUGGAAGAGGAGCAGAGCGGGACAGGCCCAGCAGAAGACACUCAUUCAUUCACGUGCACAGAGAUGAACUGAUAAGCGGCCAGGUCAACGUGUAGAGGUCAAAGGGAGCUGAGGUGUGACGGGAGUGGGUGGGUGGUUUGACUGUACUCUCUGCUGGUCCUGAGAGCAAGGCGAGGGAGUUCCCUGGAGGAAAGGGGGGUCAGGUCCCCAAGCCCUGUUUCUUCUGACCGUUCUGCCCCCUCUUCAUCGCCAUGGGAGAGUGGACGAUUUUGGAGAGGCUGCUGGAGGCGGCUGUCCAGCAGCACUCUACUAUGAUCGGAAGGUGGCCAGAUAAAGGAGACCGAAGGGAUGUCCGUGUUGCUCUGUUUCUGCUGGAUAUGAUCCUGCUGACAGUGGUGGUGAUUUUCCGUAUCUUAAUAGUUGGCAUAGUGGGGGAGAAGGUGUAUGAGGACGAGCAAAUCAUGUUCAUUUGUAACACCAUGCAGCCCGGCUGCAACCAGGCUUGUUAUGACAAGGCAUUCCCAAUCUCGCACAUCCGCUACUGGGUUUUUCAGAUAAUCCUGGUGUGCACGCCAAGCCUGUGCUUCAUCACCUAUUCUGUCCAUCAGUCAGCCAAAGCACGUGAUCGAAGCUACUCUCUGCUGCAUCCUUACAUGGAUCACCAUGGUCAUGGCCACCAUGGUCGCCACCAUGACCACCACUCUCGUAAGCUUCAUGCCCGAAACAUCAACGGCAUCCUGGUGCACCCCGACAGUAGUAAGGAGGAUCAUGACUGCUUGGAGGUCAAGGAGAUCCCUAACGGACCCCGGGGACUCCCUCCAACUCACAAGAGCUCUAAAGUGCGACGGCAAGAAGGCAUCUCCCGUUUCUACGUCAUCCAGGUUGUGUUCCGCAAUGCGCUCGAGAUCGGCUUCUUGGCGGGCCAGUAUUUCCUGUACGGCUUCAACGUGCCGGGGAUGUUUGAGUGCGAUCGCUACCCAUGCGUGAAGGAGGUGGAGUGUUACGUGUCCCGUCCCACAGAAAAGACUGUGUUUUUGGUCUUUAUGUUUGCAGUUAGUGGCAUAUGUGUGCUACUUAACCUGGCAGAGCUCAACCACCUUGGCUGGAGGAAGAUAAAAACGGCCAUCAGAGGGGUGCAGGCCCGGAGAAAGUCCAUCUGUGAAGUGCGCAAGAAGGAUGUUUCACACAUGUCCCAAGCCCCAAACCUGGGCAGGACCCAGUCUAGUGAGUCAGCCUACGUCUGACAGAGGCUUCUCUGCCUGGGGGCUCAAAGACCUUUUAAAUAUUGGAGAAGAGCUUUUCCCUGGCCGCAGACCACCCAUCAGUAGGCACAAAACUGACAACUGCAUUAUUAUUCAGGGGCACAGAUGGACUCUGUGUAGUGACGAUGAACCAUUACUUCACCAAGUAGAGUUUUUGACACUUUGAAACUAAAAAGGUAACCGUGUUGCUGUAACAUUGAGAGCUCUGCUCUGCCUAGGUGACACUAGGUGCCUUCACAGAACCCAACUGACAAAACUGAGCAAUUACAAAUAAUAUUAAUAGACUGUAGGUUUAAAGGUUGUGUGAGGUUGAAUUAUCUGAAGUUCUUCAUUAUUUGCCUUUGCUGUAGCUUAGAAAUCCUCUCAUUUUCCAAUUAUGUGUGCAUAUGCAAGAGCUUAAGCGCGUGCAUGCAUACGCAUGUGUGUGGGGAAAAAAAGCCAAUCUCUGACUCAAGUCAGGAUAAUUGAAUGCUAAACUAAUCUGAGCUACUGAGAGAAAAAUAAUGUCCACACUGUUAAGACCACACAGUGGACAAACAAGCACCUUUUGAACAACACAAAAUGAUCAGCACUAAAAUGUUUAGUAAACUGGAACACAUCAUUUAUUGUAUCAGACUUUUUUCCUAAAAUUUCUCACAAAUCUCCAUAUUCUUCACCGCAUUAGGUGCCAAACAGACUGCAGACUCACAUCACCUGAGAGCUUCUGCUCAAAAUAGGACACAGGGUGCACUGAAGAUGAGGUAGAUUACUUUCCAACACUGUGUCAAUGCACCACAAUGCUCCCAGUGCCUGCAAGGCACUGUUUACGUUCACACACAAAAAAGAAAAAAAAAUCAAGUAAAGUGUGCCAGUGUUUGCACUUUGGCUUGUAAAAUGUUAUUGCUGUUGAAAGCUUAUGAAUGGAAUUACACACUUUAAACAGGAAAAGUAUUGUAGUCACAAAUAUUUUAACAUGUAACCUCAAGCUUUUUUUCACAAGCUGAUUUGGUGCCAUAUUUCAAAGUUACUGUACAUAGAUGAAAUGUUAUAAUUACACUUAGUGUUUUCACUAUGCGGUAGAGAUAGGCUGUACUUGGGUGGGGGAAUAGGGGCUUGGUUGGUUAUGAAAAUUAAUCAUAGAUUGCCAGCUUUAAUGAGAUGUAUUAAUAAUGUGCUCUUUGUAAUGCCUUUACCCUCUGAUGGAAACUGUAUGUUCCAAGAAGUGACUUCCCUCUAUGGACUCUGAAAAAGGCAUGUAACUGAAGCAUUAUUAGAAUGGAUAGAUUAUGAGAUGUAACUUUAAAAAAGAGACUGUUUAAUUUAUUUGCAUCCUGCUCCUGUGAAAUGUAAUACUCAGCAUGCAUGAAGAUGAAAACUAUAAAGAGAUAUGAGCAUAGAAUCUCGUUAUGGGAAUAAUGAAAGCAAAUACCUGAAAGGCGCCACAACUGCAGCAAUAACAAUAAUAAUGAUAAUAUAUAGUAUGUGACAAAAAAUAUGUGAAUAAAUCAUUAUGCAGUGA